AUGGCUAAAGCCAAAGCAAAGGGCAAGAAGGAUUCUGCUGGUGGCGCGCACAGCCACAUUCGCGCGAGAAUCGACUAUCUCUACAAUGCUGCCACCUUUCUACAAUCUAUCGGGAAACCCUCUCCGCAGCAGCCAUCCGCCAGUCAACAAAAUGAUCAAAUCGACAUAGCAGAGGAUGCCACCAAAAUGCAAGGAACAGAGCGCAUAGUACCGCAAAUUGUGAAAUCCGAUAUGGCAUUGGUGGAGGAGCCGACCAAGCCAAAAAAUACAUCGAUGAGGGAGCGACUGCCUCAACUCUCUCGAGUCUAUAUGUCGCAAAUGCGCGGUGUCUCUCUCAAGUCGCAGCUCCGACUACCCAUCGACGUCAAGAGGUCUUUCUGCAAGCGCUGCGAUACUUUCCUCAUUCCUGGAGUAACCUGCACGCAGGAUAUCAGAAACGCCAGCCGCGGCCGCAAAAAGCCAUGGGCGGAUGUUCUAGUUGUCUGUUGUUCUACGUGUGGGACGGAAAAGCGCUUUCCUCAAACGGACAAGCGGAGCAAGAAGUUGUCUGAGCGUCGGAAAGAACUGCCCAAGGAGGAGCAAAAAGAUGAAGUAAUGGCGGGUGCUUGA